UUGUUGUGGAUUUAACGAGUAGGGCUCACAUCGCUUUUUCUCUCUCCCUAGGUAUCGCUGUGUGAGAAGCAGUAGUAGUUUGUCCUUGGGGACCUUUUUCUUGCCACUUUUUCGCUUCAGUGGUCGGUAAGCGGUUUCGCGAUUAGCGGUUUCGAGGUUAUAUAAUGGUGAGGAAGAAGCGUACUGGGGCUCUCAGCCCCGACCAGGAAGCUGGAAGUAGUGAUGCCCACAGUUCUGAACGCCCUACUGAAAGGAGUGCUGCACCUCAACAAGGAGGAAGUGGUGGUGGAGGAGCAGCAUACCAGGGUGGUGUUGGAGGAACGUACCAGGGUGGUGGAAGAGGUUUGGGUCCCCAAUCUCAGCAAGGGGGUCGUGGAGGAUAUGUUGGUAGCCGCGGUCGUGGAAUUCCACCGCAGCAACAAUAUAGUGCCCUCCCUGAAUACCAGGGCGGGGGAAGGGGAGGGCCUCCUCAGCAAGGGGGAAGGGGAGGGCCUCCUCAGCAAGGAGGUAGGGGAGGGCCUCCUCAGCUAGGGGGAAGGGGAGGGCCACCUCAGCAAGGGGGUCGUGGACCUCGUGGUGGCUUUGGUGGUGGCCGUGCUGGCCGUGGUGGACCAUCUCCUGGUGGCCCAUCUAGAACAUCAGUACCCGAGCUGCACCAAGCUACCCUGGCUCCUUAUGUAGCUGGGCCUCAGCCCAGUCCUUCUGAAGUUGGUUCUUCCUCUAGGCCGCCAGAGUCAACACAAGCUGCAAUGACACAGUUUGAGCAGCUUUCUGUGCAAGAAGCACCUUCUGUCCAAGCACCUUCUGCUCAAACAAUUCAACCUGUACCUUCUUCGAGCAAAUCAAUGAAGUUCCCACCUCGGCCGGGCAAGGGUAGCACUGGAAUAAGGUGUAUAGUCAAGGCAAACCACUUCUUUGCUGAGCUCCCAGACAAGGAUCUCCACCAAUAUGAUGUCACCAUUGUGCCUGAAGUUACAUCUCGAGUUGUGAACCGUGCUGUGAUGGAGCAGCUGGUCAAUUUAUACAAAGAAUCACAUCUUGGAAAGCGUCUUCCUGCAUAUGAUGGUCGAAAGAGUUUGUACACAGCAGGUCCACUCCCAUUUAUAUCGAAGGAAUUUAGAGUCCCUCUUAUUGAUGAAGAUGAGGGAGCAGGCAGGCAAAGGAGGGAAAGGGAGUUCAAAGUGGUAAUCAAAUUAGCUGCACGUGCUGAUUUGCACCACCUAGGGCUCUUUUUGCAAGGAAGACAAGCAGAUGCCCCUCAGGAAGCACUCCAAGUCCUUGAUAUUGUGCUGCGAGAACUUCCUACAACAAGGUACUGCCCUGUGGGUCGAUCUUUUUAUUCUCCUGAUCUAGGGAGCAGGCGGCCACUAGGUGAUGGUUUGGAAAGCUGGCGUGGCUUCUAUCAAAGCAUUCGCCCCACGCAGAUGGGAUUGUCACUUAACAUUGAUAUGUCAUCCACCGCAUUCAUCGAGCCUUUGCCGGUGAUUGAGUUUGUGAUAAAGCUGCUGAAUCGGGACGGACAUCCCAGAGAUAUUAUGGCGAGGCCUUUGUCCGAUUCUGAUCGAGUGAAGAUCAAGAAGGCCCUUCGAGGGAUUAAGGUUGAGGUUACGCACCGCGGAAAUAUGCGCAGAAAAUAUCGAAUUUCGGGUUUAACAUCACAAGCCACACGGGAGCUUACUUUUCCGGUGGAUGAUAGAGGAGCCAUGAAAUCGGUUAUUGAGUACUUCCAUGAGACUUAUGGUUUUGCCAUUCAGCAUACCAAUUGGCCUUGUCUACAAGUUGGAAAUCAGCAGAGACCUAAUUAUUUGCCUAUGGAGGUCUGCAAGAUUGUGGAGGGCCAGCGGUACUCUAAGAGAUUGAAUGAGCGACAGAUCACUGCUUUGCUGAAGGUUACCUGUCAACGUCCUCGUGACAGGGAGCUUGAUAUUUUGCAGACGGUUCGUCAUAAUGCCUACGAUGAAGAUCCUUAUGCAAAGGAAUUUGGAAUAAAAAUCAGUGAGAGUCUUGCUCAAGUUGAAGCUCGCAUUUUACCUGCACCCAGACUCAAGUACCACGAUACUGGAAGAGAGAGAGAAUGCCUACCUCAAGUGGGACAAUGGAACAUGAUGAAUAAGAAAAUGGUGAAUGGGGGAACAGUCAACAAUUGGAUCUGCAUAAACUUUUCUCGACAGGUUCAGGAGAAUGUGGCUCGUGAUUUUUGUUAUGAACUUGCACAAAUGUGUGGCAUUUCUGGCAUGAACUUUAAUCGAGAGCCCGUAUUUCCGCCAAUUAGUGCUCGCCCUGAACAGGUCGAGAAGGUUUUGAAAACACGGUAUCAUGAUUCAGUGACAAGACUUCAGGGCAGGGAGCUUGAUUUGCUCAUUGUGAUUCUGCCAGAUAACAAUGGUUCUCUUUAUGGUGAUUUGAAGCGAAUAUGUGAAACAGAACUUGGGGUUGUUUCUCAAUGCUGCUUAACAAAACACGUAUUUAAGAUGAGCAAACAAUAUUUAGCAAAUGUGGCCUUGAAAAUAAAUGUGAAGGUGGGGGGACGGAAUACAGUUCUUGUUGAUGCAUUGUCAAGGCGUAUACCUCACGUCAGCGACCGUCCUACAAUCAUUUUUGGUGCUGAUGUUACCCAUCCUCACCCUGGAGAGGAUUCAAGCCCAUCUAUUGCAGCUGUUGUUGCUUCCCAAGAUUGGCCGGAGGUGACUAAGUAUGCCGGUUUAGUUUGUGCUCAAGCCCAUCGUCAAGAGCUUAUACAAGACCUUUUUAAAGCGUGGCAUGAUCCUGUCAGGGGUCCAGUGUCUGGUGGCAUGAUCAAGGAAUUCCUCAUAUCCUUCCGUAGAGCAACUGGACAGAAACCGCAACGCAUCAUAUUUUACAGGGAUGGUGUGAGCGAAGGGCAGUUCUAUCAAGUUUUGCUUUAUGAACUUGAUGCUAUUCGCAAGGCAUGUGCCUCUCUGGAACCAAACUACCAGCCUCCUGUGACCUUUGUUGUGGUGCAGAAACGUCAUCAUACACGAUUGUUUGCCAAUAAUCAUUCGGAUCGCAAUGCCGUCGACAAAAGUGGGAAUAUAUUACCUGGCACAGUGGUUGACUCUAAAAUAUGUCAUCCCACUGAAUUUGAUUUUUACUUAUGCAGCCAUGCUGGAAUUCAGGGCACUUCUCGACCUGCUCACUACCAUGUUCUGUGGGAUGAGAACAAAUUCAGUGCUGAUGAAUUGCAAUCGCUUACUAAUAACCUUUGUUACACCUAUGCCAGGUGCACUCGUUCUGUAUCCAUCGUCCCCCCUGCAUACUAUGCGCAUCUUGCAGCUUUCAGAGCUCGCUUCUACAUGGAACCAGAGAUGUCAGACAGUGGUUCUAUGACGAGUAGUGUUGCUGCUGGACGUGGAGGUGGUGGCCCGAGGGCCACCCGAGGACCUGGUGCUAGUGCUGUUGUUAGGCCCCUCCCAGCUCUGAAAGAGAACGUGAAGAGGGUUAUGUUCUACUGCUGAGAACAGUCGAACUGAUUUAGUUCUAUGUUGGUCAAGUUCUAUUCAGGACCAAAACAUCAUGUUAUUCAACUGUUGGACUAUUUUCCCAAGUUCUACCUUUUCAGGACCAAAACAGUUUAUUUAUUAUAAGCUAGAAAUGUUCCGAAGACUAUUUAUUAUCAUAAAACCCUGGUUGUCUAUGUACUGCUGCUAGAAUUUGCUUGGGGACUAUUUUGUUACUAUCAUGUGGACUGCUUCUCCUUCUAGACUUCUAGUACCGACAUUUCCUCUGUC